GCCCUCAGUGCUUGCAGUUUCAUUAUUACCUUAGUCCCACUACAAAGGUUGCUUUGUUUACUUACAGGUCCUCUUGAGGAAAUCCUGAAAGCCCCAGGACAUGAGAGGAGUGAAAUAAAAGCCCAAAGAUCCAGAGAGAGACAGAGAAGUAAGAGAAAUCACUUAACCUAACUGAGGAGAAAAAAACAGACAGGAAAUUCCAGUCCAUCCUACCUCAUCCCUUGCAGACAAGGUUAACACCCUGAACAUGACCUCAGACCACAUGCCAGGUCCAGUGUGCCUCAUUGAGAACAUAGAUGGGAAACUGAUGGUUAAUCAGGAAGCCUUGACGAUCCUGUCUGCCCUUACGCAGCCUGUAGUGGUGGUGGCUAUUGUGGGUCUCUACCGCACAGGCAAAUCCUACCUGAUGAACAAGCUGGCUGGGAAGAAACAGGGCUUCUCCCUGGGCUCCACAGUGCAGUCUCACACCAAGGGAAUCUGGAUGUGGUGUGUGCCUCACCCCGAGAAGCCAAACCACACUUUAGUUCUGCUUGACACUCAGGGCCUGGGAGGUGUAGAGAAGGAAGACAACGAGAAUGACUCCUGGAUCUUUGCCCUGGCCAUCCUCCUGAGCAGCACCUUCAUAUACAAUAGCAUGGGAGCCAUCAACCAGCAGGCCAUGGACCAACUGCACUAUGUGACAGAGUUGACAAAUCAAAUCAGGGCAAAAUCCUCACCUGAUAGUAAUGAGGUUGAGGAUUCUGCUGACUUUGUGAGAUUCUUUCCAGACUUUGUGUGGGCUCUGAGAGACUGGAUUCUGAAGCUUGAAGCAGAUGGACAAUCCAUCACAGCAGACAAGUAUCUGGAGAAUUCCUUGAAGCUAAAGCCAGGUACCAGUCAAGAAGAAAAAAUUUUUAACCUGCCCCGAGUCUGUAUCCAAAAGUUCUUCCCAAAGAAGAAAUGCUUUGUUUUCCAUCCACCCACUAAGUGGAAGAAGCUUGUCCAUCUUGAGACACUGCAGGAUGAUGAGCUGGAUUCUGAAUUUGUACAACAAGUUGCAGAAUUCUCUUCCUACAUCUUCAGCCAUUCUAAGAUCAAGAUUCUUUCAGGCGGCAUUAAGGUCAAUGGGCCUCGUCUGAAGAGCCUGGUGCUGACCUACGUCAAUGCCAUCAGUAAUGGAUCUCUGCCCUGCAUAGAAAAUGCAGUCCUAGCCUUGGCUCAGAUAGAGAACUCGGCCACAGUGCAAAAGGCCAUUGCCCACUAUGACCAACAGAUGGGCCAAAAGGUGCAGCUGCCCACAGAAACUUUCCAGGAGCUGCUGGACCUGCACAGGGCCAGUGAGAAAGAGGCCAUUGGAGUCUUCAUCAGGAAUUCAUUCAAAGACAUAAACCAUUUAUUUCAAAAGGAAUUAGCGGCCCAGCUAGAGAAAAAGUGGAAUGACUUUUGUGAAAAGAAUCUGCGAGCUUCAUCAGAUCAUUGCUUAGCUUUACUUCAGGAUAUUUUUAGUCCUCUGGAAGAAGAAGUGAAGCAGGGAGUUUAUUCUAAACCAGGGGGAUAUCGUCUCUUCAUUCAGAAGACACAAGAGCUGAAGAAAAAGUACCUGCAGGAACCCAGGAAGGGGAUACAGGCUGAAGAAAUUCUGCAGAAAUACUUGAUGUCCAAGGAGUCUGUGACUGAUGCAAUUCUACAGACAGAUCUGACUCUCACAGAAAAAGAAAAGGAGACUGAAGUGGAACGUGUGAAAGCUGAGUCUGCACAGGCUACAGCAAAAAUGUUAAAGGAAAUGCAAAUAAAGCAUCAGCAGUUAAUGGAACAGAAAGAAAAGAGUCAUCAGGAACAUGUGAAACAAUUGACUGAGAAGAUGGAGGACAAGAACCAACUGUUGGCACAACAAGAGAGCAUUCUAGCUCUCAAACUUCAGGAACAGGAACAACUUCUUAAGGAAGGAUUUAAAGAGGAGAGAAUAAAACUUCAGAAAGAGAUCCAGGAUCUCCAGAUGAGAAGCAUAGAGACAAGUACAUCAGUGAAACUUGUGAUAGCUGAAUUUGCACAGGAUGCAAAAAAAAUGUUGGAGGAAAUGCAAAUAAAGUAUCAGCAGAUGAUGGAACAGAAAGAAAAGUGUCACCAGAAACAUGUAAAUCAAUUUAUUGAGAAGAUGGAGAGAGAUACAGAACAGUUAUUCACAGAGCAAAAUAGGACUCCAGCUCUUAACUUUCAGGAAAUCAUGACAUUUAGACCCAUCAUGAUGGCCCCCAUUUGUCUAGUAGAAAACCAUAAAGAGCAGUUGACGGUGAAUCCAAGUGCAUUAAAGAUUCUUGAUGAGAUAACCCAGCCUGUGGUGGUGGUGGCCAUUGCAGGGCUGUAUCGUACAGGAAAAUCCUACCUGAUGAACCUCCUGGCAGGACAGAACCGUGGCUUCCGUCUGGGCUCCACUGUGAGGUCUGAAACCAAGGGCAUCUGGAUGUGGUGCGUACCUCACCCUUCUAAGCCAGACCACACCCUGAUCCUUCUGGACACUGAGGGCCUGGGUGAUGUGAAAAAGGGAGACACUAAGAAUGACUCCUGGAUCUUUGCACUGGCCGUGCUUCUGAGCAGCACCUUUGUCUACAACAGUAUGGGCACCAUCAACCAACAGGCCCUGGAGCAGCUACACUAUGUGACUGAAUUAACAGAGCUAAUCAGGACAAAAUCUUCCUCCGGAACUGAAGAAGUAGAUGACUCCACCGAGUUUGUGGGUUUUUUUCCAGACUUUAUUUGGACUGUACGGGAUUUCUCCCUGGAGUUGAAGAUAGAUAAAAGCCCCAUCACUGAAGAUGGGUACCUGGAGGAUGCCUUGAAGCUGAUUCCAGCAGGCAGGAAUCCCAAAAUCCAAAAUUCCAACUUGCCUAGAGAAUGUAUCAGGCGUUUCUUCCCAAAACGGAAGUGCUUUGUCUUUGACCGGCCUACAAGUGACAACAGUUUCUUAUACCAGAUUGAGGAAGUGCCAGAACACCAGUUGGAUUGUAAUUUCCAGAUGAAAUUAAAAAAGUUCCGUUCCUAUAUCUUCAGCCAUGCAAAGACCAAGACCGUGAGAGAGGGAAUCAUUAUCACUGGGAAGCGACUGGCGACUCUGGUGGAAACCUAUGUGAAUACCAUCAACAGUGGAGCAGUACCUUGUUUGGAGAACGCAGUGACAACUUUGGCCCAGUGUGAGAACUCGGUGGCUGUGCAGAAGGCAGCUGACCACUACAGCAAGGAGAUGGCCCAGUGCCUGAGGCUUCCCACAGACACGCUCCAGGAACUGCUAGAUGUGCACGCGGCCUGUGAGAGGAAAGCCAUUGCACUCUUCAUGGAGCACUCCUUCAAGGAUGACAAGAGGGAAUUCCAGAAGAAUCUCUUGGACAUCAUAGGGGAGAAGAUGGAGGAUUUUGUGCUACAGAAUGAAGAGGCAUCUGACAAAUACUGCCAGGCUGAGCUUAAGCAGCUUUCAGAGCCCCUGAUGGAAAAUAUUUCAAGAGGUAUUUUCUCUGUUCCUGGAGGACACGCUCUCUACUUAGAAGCAAAGAAAAAGGUUGAACAAGACUAUGCACAAGUGCCCAGGAAAGGAGUUAAGGCAAACGAGGUCCUCCAGACAUUCCUGCAGUCACAGGCAGCAAUAGAAGAAUCCAUCUUGCAGUCAGACAAAGGCCUCACGGAUGCAGAGAAGGCCAUAGCAGUGGAGCAGGCCAAGAAGGAGGCAGCUGAGAAGGAACAGGAGCUGCUAAAACAUAAAAACCAGGAGCAGCAGCAAAAGAUGGAAGCUCAACAGAGAACUUUCCAGGAACACAUAGCCCAACUGGAAAUGAAGAUAAAGAAAGAAAGAGAAAACCUCCUGAGAGAGCUGGAAAGGAUACUGGAGCAUAAUCUGAAGAUCCAAGAAGAACUGCUUAUGCAAGGAUUUAGAAAGCAAUAUGAGAAGUUAAAGAAAGAGACGGAUCGACAACAAGAAGAGUAUGAAAAAACUAAGAACAAUGAACGCUCAUGGUUUUCACGGCUCCUUGAGGAGGCUUUCAGAGCACUAUCUACAGUAUCACUUCAGGACCUUGAGCUAUUCGCUGAAAUAAUGAAAUAUCUCAGCUUACUUAAUAAAUGAGCUUAGAAUUCCUGUUGAGGAAAUUUGAUAAUGAGCCUUCUUUUGUUAUGUUGUAGCUCAUUUUGUGUAUAUCUGUUAUAUUAAUUUCAUUUAAAAAACUUUAAAAAUAAAAAGUGAUUACUAAACAAGAGCAGGAACUGCCAUAGCAAAAUACAAACUUAAUUUUGAUGAAAUUAAUUUAAAGAAAUGGGGAACAAUAGUUAAAAGAUGUAAUGGAAAAAAAAAACCAAAUCUGCAAUUAGCAACAAAACAUACGAAAUAUUGUAGAAUAUAAUUAUCAAGAAGUAUAUAAAAUUUGGGGGACAUCUAGGUCAAUUGGCAUAACAAAGUUUAUUAAGAAAAUGUCCUGCAUCCCACUUUGGUGUGUGGCAUCUGGGGUCUUAAAAGCUUGCAA